UGAAUUUGUUCGUUGUUGUUUUUGAAAAAUAAUAAUGUAACGUAUUUUACAUGUUUAUCAAUUUUACGUUAAAGUUUGAAGAAUACUCAGAUAAAAUUAUAAUUAAAAAAAUAAGUUGCUUGAAGUGAAGAAGAUAAUUAAAAAGUUAUGGAGAAAAGAGGAUUGAAAAAAAAAACUAAAAGACACAGUUCGAAUCAAAGCAGAUUAAAGGAGAUGGGCCUAAGAGUUACUGAAGAAAUAAAACCUACAGCGGUAUCUGACUCAAACGAAGAGACAAUUUUUACAGACUACAACUUUACAAUUGUUGCAAAGGACAUUCAACAAAUUGACAUCUCAGAUUCGAGCAGUAACAACAGUGACGAUGUGGUGUUGAAUAUGCUUAAAGAAGAUAAAACAAAUACUGAUUGUAAUCCUAAAAGUUGUUCACAAAUAACAAAUAAAAUGCAAGUCCUAAAAGAGAAUGAACAUUCAAAUCGAAAGGAUACGAAGAAAGGCGCGCAUUUUUGGGAAAGCGAAGAACUCGUACACGAUAUAAAGACAACGUUAGAAACAAAUACCUUUCAGGAAAAUGAAGAUUUCGAAAGCAUAACAGAGAAACUGGCAAAUAAAGCAACUGCAGUAAAUCGUGACACAAAAAUUGAGCAAUUUCAUGACGAAAUUUUAACAAUUUCGAAAAUACUGCAGGAAUACAUAAAAAAAGGUAUAACAGCAGUUUACACACCGCAAACAAAUACAAACGAUGUAAUUAAAAUUAAAAUAGCCGCAAACUGUUGCUUAACAAUGUUACAUUUAUUAUGGGCAUCGAAUAUUUUUAAUUGUUUGUCAUCGUCAUACAUCGAUAAGAGCAUGUUGCAAAACGUCGUGGACUUUAUAAAGAAUCAAAUACGAACUACCAUCAUUCCAGAAUAUCAAAACUGUUCGAAUAAACUUAUCAAGCAACAUGAAAACAUUAAAGUGCAUUUAAAUCGGGCGACGCUAGCUAUUUAUCAGAAAAUAUGUGAAAUAAUUAUGUCACUGUCCAAACUUAUGGAAGGACCGAUAAUUUUGAACGAUUAUUACACAACGAGUUUGUUAUUCGCUGUUUUUGCGGUCUUUCAAACGGAACAUAUGAUUGAACUUCAAACAGUCUCUUUGCAAAUAGUCGUUAAAAUUUGUUCCAAUACUUCUGAAGAGUCUGAAAUUUCGCAGCUAAUUACGAGAGAGCUCUUGUCUUACAAUGCCCCACAAAUUAGCGAAGAUUAUUAUACUUUAAAUCAAUACAAACCACAUCUUUACACUGUCCUGGUCUUACAAAUUAUACAGAGCAAAUGUCAUGUCUGUGAAAGAAACGUUUCUGGAAGACACAUUAAAGAUAUUUUAAAUGAAGCGAUUAGUAAGCAACUGAGUACUACGAAAUUCUGCUCGGAAUUUAUUAAACGAUUUUUGGAAAAAUCUGUUGCUAACAACGAAGGCUUUAGGACUCUUUUGAAGAUUUUAUUCAGGGAUUUGAUUGCGUUGUCCGAUAAGCCUGAAUGGCCUGCCGCUGCCUACGUAAUCCAAGAAUUGAGUAACAUUUUAAACGACGAAAACACCGAAAUCGAAAUACGAACCGUUUGUAUAGACUUUGUCGCGCAGGUUGUGGUUAAACUUAAAAGCAUCCUCACAACAUUACAGGGUGAAGAACGUUUAAGAACAAUUCUUCAGCCUGUUAUAGAAAACCGAAACGAGAAAAUGGUAUUCCGUUUACAACAACACAUUCUCGAUUUUUUAGAAUACGACUCCAACUGUGACGACGUGUAUCAUUACGCUCUCUUCUUUAAUAUGACUUUGUGGCUGAAAAAUGAUUUUCUACAAUGGAUUUGUGAUUUAAGAAGCGCCAAGGGCAAACAAUCGCACCGAAAAAUGUCAGUGAAAGCAUUAAAAAAUAAAAAACCUACUCAAUCUAUUACACCCACACGUUUGAUGCGUAUGAACAAAAUUAUGAAGAGAUUAACCGAUUUUAAUACAAGAAAAAACAAAUCUAAUUAUGAGGAUAAUAACAACAAUAAAAAUUUGAUUGAUUACAAAACGGCCAUUCUGAUAUCCCAGUGCAUCUAUUUUGGUUUCGAUCUUUUAAACUGUUGCGACCGAUAUAUUUCCGUUUUACGUAAAGUAAUUAAUGAUGGCAAUUCUGUCUCUGAAAUUUCGAAGGCCCUCAAAGGAGCCACGAUUAUAACUGAAAAAUUUCCAAAUACAUUUUCUCCAUUAGAAAUCAACGAGAUCGUGAAUCGAUACGCGUUCGAUACAUCAGCAACAAUCAAAGAAUCGGCCAUUAAUUUACUCGGAAAAUAUUUGAUGGGAAGUCCCAAACUAACAGACAAUUAUUACUACGAGUUGUUGUGCGAAAAGUUACGCAGUGAAGAUGUAAAUGUGCGUAAGCGUAGCGUUGACAUUUUGAGAAAAAUCCACAGUAAGAUAUCAAACGAGAAUAAUUUGUAUCUGGUUCUUACUAAGUUUCACGAAGACGCGAAAAUCUCGAAGGGAAUUGACGACAUUUUUGAAGAAAAAUGGUUUACUUUAUCCCAAGAUCCGUUAGAAAGCGUGGUUGAAGUUGUGAAACAAGCUAAUAAUUUACAACUUAAGCAAAUUAGAAGUAUUUUCAUACAACUUUAUAAUCGCAAACAAGACGGAAGCGUAGAAACUAAAAAGAUUAGAAUGAUCAAUGAGGCAAUGGAUAAAACACUGGAUCUGCUAAAGUCUUCUCGUUCAGAUCUGUGCCUUCCGUAUUUAGUGGUCCUUCAUAUGAUUGCAAAAGCAAAUUGUAAAUUGAUAGCUAAAUUUGCCGAAGAUAUACAUAACAUGAUUGAUUUUAAUCUAAGGUCGACCGAUGCAGUAAAACUAAUACAAAAAUACGUUAUAAAAAUAAUUAAACUGAUUAUUCCCGUUAUCGGAGAACAAACAGAUUUGAUAAAUGAAGUAGAAAUGAAAUUGUUGAGGGCUCUCGGAUUUCUCGAUGGUCCAGUAAUCAAAAGUUGCGUGAUCUGCUUGGCAAAAUUGCUAAAAUAUACGCAAAAUUAUUCGGUUAUCGCAAGAGGUUUUUGCAUUAAUUAUAAAUUAAUCAGAAAUAUUGACAAAACUAUCGAAAACGCCGAAGAGAUCAAAAUAAAAAGAUCCCUAAUCUUGGUCGGUUUAUUGAUACAAGUAUUCGAUUUCGAAGAUUCGAAUUUUAUUGGCAGUACUGCAGUCAUACAUCAAAAAAUUGUCGAAGAAGUCUUCCAGCUUCUCAUUAGGACACUUAAAAAGAACGACAAUAACUCCAUAAAAAGUAACGUCCUAGAAUGCCUCGGCCUGAUAUGUGUCAAAUAUGAAGACUUUUUGCUGAAUGCCGAUUUUCAAAACAUCUGUUUUCAAAUACUAAAGAACGAAGACGGUCUAUCGAAACUCCAAAUUUUGAAAAUGUUCAAGUACUAUUUGCAUCGGCAGUUAGAAAUGGAAACACAUUCGAUGCAAGAGAAAAAAUUCGUCGAUAUUAAAGAAAUAGUUGACGAUACUCUGGGAAAACCUUCUACAAUAAUACAGACGUUUUUAAAAUGCAUUUUGCGAUGCGUUAUAAGCACUGACUCCCUUAUUCGUCAGGUAACCAUCGAAAUAAUUCAACAAAUACACCGACAGGGGUACGUUAAUCCGGUGGAGAUUAUCCCCUUCCUCAUAUGUAUGACUUUCGAUCCGAACGAAAUGAUGUCCAAUUUGGCGCAAAGCCAUCUCUCGGAACUACAACUUAAAUAUCCGCACUUAAUUAACUCGCAAAGUCUGUCGGGAAUUACGCUAUCGUUUGAGUUACUCAAUAAACUUGGAGGUGCAUCCUGUGUAACGAGAGGUUUGUUGAUACCGGAAAAUGGCCACUCUGUAAGAGCUGUUAAUGAUUUUCUUUACAAAUUGCUGCAGCAUUCGAAACGGCAGUGGAGAGGACUAACUUUAAGAGUCCUAAAACAAUUUGACGAAAAUAAAAAACACAACUUAGAAUAUUUAAUUUUUUUAGCAGACAAUUUGUCCGCCUUUUCGUAUAAAACGCUGGAUGAAGUGUAUUUUACUAUUUAUUACAUUAACGAGUUAUCUAUCCAAUACGGCGCCAAUACAUUGCGCACAAUAAGAAACAAAUUGAAUGAUAAGCUUCAACAAAAAAAAGCAAUCGAAAAGAAUCUUUUUAAGAAUAAAAAACUAAUACUUGAACUGUUUUCAAAUACUGUUAUCGAUACUAAAAAUUAUAUUUACAAGUUUCACGUUUACAGUUUAUUAUUUCAAUUGAAGAAUUAUUUAAUGAAAAAAUACGGUGUCAAAGAUGUAGACGUCAGGGGAUAUUUACCAUCGAUCCUUUUAAGGACGAACGAAAAUGCUAUUUGUGAAAUUAACUACAAGCCAUUUAAGCCUGAGGACGUUUUGAACGCCUGCCUUGAAGAAAAAAAUAAUUCCACAAAUCAAGCUGGAGUCAAAAAGGAACAAGUACAACAACUGAAAGAAGAUUUCUUCAAAAAAUUCUGUGCUUUUCAAAAGUGUGUCAAAACGGACGAAGGUGACGAAGAGGAAGAUGAAAAUUAGAAAAACAAUUAUGUGUGUGAAUUAUUGUAAAAGUCUUUUUAGAAAUAUAUUCUUAGUUUAUCAGUAUCGC